CCGGGCACGGAGCUCGCAGGCUGCCGUCCCACCGCACAGGGCGUCCCGCUUUCGCCGCCGCCAGCCCCGUUCCGGCGGGCGCCGCACCGGGCUCAGCCCCGCUUAGGAAAGCAGCGGCUGCCUCCCCGCCUCCCGCCGGGCUCGCCUCUCGCUUUUUCUCUUUUUUCGGCCCAGCUUUCUGCCCAAGAUCCUGCCUCCCUGCCUCGCUGCCGGAGGGAUGCUGGGAGCGGGGCUGGCGCUGGCGCUCUGCGCCCUGCAGCUCUGCCCGGCCGCGCUCGGAGGGUCGUACCCGCAGCUGCUGGUGGAGCGGAGCGGCUCUCGGAGGCUGAGCAAGGUUGGUGGCUUUGCCUGGGAGAACUGUGGUGACAGGAGGGACCCCGUGGUGCUGCAGAGCCUCUCCGUGGCACCCGACCCCAUCAGCAUCCCGGGCAGCCUGCGCGUCAGCGCAGCCGUCAGCAGCGGCAAGGCCAUGGCCUCCCCUCUGAAGGUGGUGCUGGUGGUGGAGAAGGCACUGGGUGACCUCUGGAUCCAGCUGCCCUGCAUUGACCAGCUGGGCAGCUGUACCUACAAUGACAUCUGCACCAUCCUCGACAACCUCAUCCCGCCUGGCACGACCUGCCCGGAGCCCCUGCUCACCUAUGGCAUCCCCUGCCACUGCCCCUUCAAAGCGGGCUCCUACUCCCUGCCAGCCAGCGACUUCAUCCUGCCCGAUGUGGAGCUGCCUGCCUGGAUGACCAACGGCAACUACCGUGUCCGGGCGGCUGUCAGCAAUGGCGGGGAGGAGCUCGCCUGCGUCAAAGUGGCCUUCUCCCUGCAGUCCCAGUGAGGGGUGGGGGACCGUCCCUCCUCUCCCCACCACCUCGGUCCCCUGUCCCAUCCCAUCCAGUUGCACCCCAUCCUGUCCCAACCCGUCCCUGCAAGAUGCAUCCCUCCCGCUGCCAGGAGGAGGCAGCCCCCGUACCCCGGCUCGGUGCUCCCCUCCCCUGCUACACACAGAAAGGCCCCUCUGACUGUCCUGCUGUCCCCAACCUCAUCACCAGGGUGUCCCCUGCCCUGGACAGGGUGGCCUUGGAGCCUAACCCCAGCGUUUCAGUGCAACCUGGGGGUAGUUAUUUUUUACCUGUUUCUCUUUUUUUUUUCUUAAAUCCCAUCAGGGCAAUUUUAGACAAAAACAAUCCAGGGAAAAACAAUAUUUCUUAUAGUAGUCCGUGGGGAGGAGGGAGUGUUUGGGAGUGCUGGGGCAGGCUGGAGGGAUGCAGAAUUAGCUGCUGAGGGUGUCCCUGCUUGCCCCCAGCACCUCUGGCCAGAGCACGGGGCUGUUUUGCAGGAGUGUCCCCAAAGUGGCUGCAGGAGCCAUGUCCCCCCCCUCCCAGCAGCUUUGGGUCUGCCUUUGGCGCAUCCUUGUCCUGCACAUGGGACCAGCUCAGCAACAGGAGGCACCGGUGAGGGCACCUCCCCGUGUCCCUCCUGUGACAAACGUUACAAGCACAACAGGACUGAAACUGCCCAAACCCCCAACAGACAUCCCCACUCACAAGGGACCAAGCGGCUGGCGCUGCUCCCAGCAGCAGGAGAGGUGGCUGGACACCGGCUGUGCUCACUCUGGGGGGGGACAAAGCUGUGACAGGCAGCUGGGGCACAGCCUGGCUGAGGACAAGUCGACUCAUCUCAUUCUGCCUCUCGGAUGGAGCUGAGGCAGAACGCUGCACUGGGACCAUCCUUCCCAUGCACCGGCGGAGGCAGCCCCACAACGUGGAGCAGCAUCGUGGACAUGGGAUGGACUGGGAGAUGACCAUGAAGACCAGCAGCAUGGGUCCUAUCUGGGGGCCCUGCAGCCCAUCUCCUGGUUGUGGCUGGGGGCUGAGGCAUGGGCAGGCAGCAUUCUUCCUGCCUGCAGCUUUGGGCAGGGCGUUUGACAUGACCUGCCUGUGCCAGGUUCCUGCAGGGCAGAGGUGCAGGUGACCCACCAGCCACCUGCAUCCCUCGCUGUCCCUGCCUGCUCUCAUUAUUUAACCCCUCCGUAGGGCUGGUCUUCCUCCAAGCACUUUAUACGCCUUAACUACUGCCGGGCUGCCCCAGCGGGAGGUCCUCUGCCGCGCAGAUGUGCUCCCACCACCUUUCUGUACCCUCAACUCACUCCAUUUCAUCCUGCUGCUGGGUCCAACCUGGGUUUGUUUUGCCUGGGGAAGCACUAACGCUCUCACCCUGAUCCCUGCUGCCGCCCAGUGCCUGUGCCGGAGUGGCAUCCUCCUUUUGGGCAGGUACUGCAGGUUCUUAAUAAAUCUUUUUACCAGGAA